AUGGGUAUCACCGAUUUUCGCAGCACCAGAACUGUCAAGUACAGGGAGUCCGUCUAUGUCCCUCCUCUUCCUGUCCCCGUAACCAGAAAGUCUGUCGACUACACGAGGUCUCCAAAAGCCUACCAGCAAGCCCGACCAAGGGCGUCCACCACGCAGGCAGACUACCCACGAAACGAGCAGGAGCCAAUCGGCGAGGAGAAGGAGGACGACACAGCGGCGUCCGCCUCGUCGUCCCAGAUUGUGGCUCGUGAAGAGAUGGUCACAGAAGAGUCCUUCACAUCAGCACUCCGUCGCGGGUCGUCUGCCUCAGCAGCCAGCUCGGCCCUCGCCACCCCCAAGUCUGAUCACGGGCACUGGCCCGGGUCGUCGGCGUCUACUCGUUCAAACGUGUCCUUGCACUCUGACACCGCUGCGGCUGCCGACUACUUCUCCUUUGUGCCCACGUUCUCCUCCAAAUAUGAGGACGAAGAGCCCGACAUCCACGCCCUCACGGCCAUGCUCGGUGGGGCGGGCAAAGUGGCAGGUGGGACCAACGCCAGCCCGUUCGGCUUUGAGACGCUCCCAGUGGGGAGGCAUAGGACAGCGAGGGUUUUGCCGUCGGACAUGCUGGGCGACGAAGACGACUUUUACGUGCCGGCGUUCAAAACGAGUAACGCGAAUUACUUCGGGAGUAACUAUGGUGGUAGGAGGUAG